UUUAAUGUGAGUAUCCAGAAAGUAGAGCCCUGCUGUCCGUGGCCAGGAUUUCCAAGCACCAUCUGAGCAGUCUGGCAACAUCGUCCUGCCCUCUCUCUUCCAAAAUCUUCAGUCUGUUAGACCAUCCAUGUCAGUUUGCUAUGACAUACAUUAACAUUGAUGAGAGACAGGAGCACUGUCGGGUAAUUUUGAGCUGCCAGAAUAAUCAGCUGUAUGCACAACAUGUCUUAAAGGAUUUCUCGGUUAGCAGCAUGCAUCCACUGAAGAAUUUAGACACUCGGAUUUUUGCCGGCAAUCUUAAUCCUGUAGGGGAAGCAAACAGCAAUACAGAGAGACAUCUCUAUCAGAGUGUAGAGAAUCUACACUGGGCCUCAGGAGCUAACUCAAGUUGCCAUCCCCACUGUGGGAACGUAGACAAUGAACUCAUUUUCCGUUACAAAGGCACAGCACAUUGGUCCAAGUGUUCCGGGGAGGGAGCCCCAGCCCCCAGCUCACCUGAAUGUUGCCGACACUUUCCUUUUCCAUCCCAGCAAAUACCACCUUCAGCACAAGACAUAGCCCUUUCCCCCUGUGCCAAAGUGCCUCCAUGGCUUUUUUCCUCGCCCAUGGAUGGGGAUGCCAAAAGAAACUUUAAGGAAAAACUUAGGAUCCACAGUACUAAAACUGCAGAGAUUUGCAACCCCCUCAGACCUCAAGCUUCCUUGAAUGACCUGAUUGCAAGGGAGUGUUCAGAAUGCCAGGCAUGCCAACAAUAUAAGAAUGGCUGUUCAGUUAACUGUUGUACCAUAUUUGUGCAACAUGCUACCCUUGCUCAUGGACCAUGGAUGGCACUGGGGAGGCAUCGCCCUUGUUUUUCUCGUAGACUGACCAAUCCAGAAGACAUCAAACAAGAAGCUCAGAGAAGGCUGCAGAUCAGAAGACAGAACAGCUCACCCAACUUAGCUCUUCAUUGUGCCAGUGAAGGACAGGAGAUGGUCAAAUCUCAAACCACUGGAUCCCUAAAAGGAUGUGAGGGGGAAGAGGACACCAAAAGGACACUGGAACUGAACAGAAAAGGAGACUGCAAAGAGAGGCUGUACAUACCCACUUUUGAGGAGUUCAAGAGGAUGAGAGUCAAGGAAAUGUGUUUGCAAAAUGGUAGUAAUGAAGCCACAAAAGACUUGAAGGAAGGGACCCAAAAAUUAGAAGAAAAGAGAAACCAGAACCUUUGUGUAGAUUAUCAGCAGAAUCUUGCCAAAGAAAUGGUUUCAACCAUAGAUGAUUAUGAUGAUGUGUUCCAUGAAAAUAUUCAAAACGCUUCUGGUUUGGCUGGCUAUCAAGAUUCUUCAUCCACAUGGGACAGGAGCUUCUGCCUGAUGAAUAUGCCGGUGGAAAGAGACUGUAACAGUGAGGUGCCAAGUUCCGACAGAAUCCCAGAUCCCAUUUGUUCUAGCCCAAUUCCAAGACCUCCUUUACAAUCUGCUGCGGGUCCUACAGAGGGAGGGAAGAACUUGGCUGAAGGGGACAAGCAGGAGUUGUGUGCAAGACAACUAAGUGAAGUACUUCAUCAUGCUGGACAGUCCCUUGUGUCUGAAACUCAGUCUUCUUGCUGCCCGCUGCUGUUAGAAGCAACAGAUAUAUCCAGCUAUGGAGCUAAGCUACAGAAAAUGAAGGAUGAAUUUAUAGGUUCUGCACUGGACCUCAUUAAGAAGAGCUGCAGUGCUGAAACUGCCACGGAGUCCCCAUCCAAAGGACCAAGUGGACUUGAGAAGUCUGAUCUCACCUUUCUAGAGAACCAUCAUCAACCCACAAAUUCCAGCCCCAACUGCCGCAGAUCCAGUUCUGACAUUUCUCAUGAAACUCCAGACUCUGCAAAAACUCAGCGGGAGUGUCGAUUACGGCCUCAUUUCAGCGAUCCGAUGCCAACAGAUGCUGUGAAGAGGAAACAACUGGAGCUAAAGAUAGCUGCGGCAGCACGGCAGCAUGCUCAGAAGCGCCGGCAAGAGAGAGAGCACAGUAUGAUCACUACCUUCUCCUUGAAUCGUGCAGGUGUUGGUGUGCCCUUGUUGGUCUUAGUUCUGAGUGUCUGA